UUAAUUUCUGAUUGGGAGGAGGAGGAGAAGAAGAUGAGGGUUCUGUUGCUCAGCAACACCACACUCUCACUCUCACCACCGCCCUUAUCGGAAACCCUAAAAUCCCCGAUUCGAUCCAAUUUCAAGCGAAAUUCGAUCAAUUGGGCCGAGAAAGCUCUUGUUGGAGCCCUAGGUGGGGCUCUGUCGCUGUGUCUUUUGGUCUCUUCGCCUUCGCCUUCCAUAGCAAUUGAGCCUUCUCCUUCUUCUUCUCCGCCGUCGACGGAGUAUUGUCGCGAGGAAGAAGGAGGUGAAGCGGCGGAGUUUUUGGUACCCGAAGCAGCGGUGGCGGUGACCAAUGAGGGGAUUGUGGAGGAGGCUUGGGAAAUUGUCAAUGACAGCUUUAUCAACACCGGCCGCUCGAGCUCAUUCCCUGAAACUUGGCAGAGGAAAAAGGAAGACAUAAGAAGUAGUUCAAUAAAGACAAGAGCUAAGGCUCAUGAUAUGAUUAAGCGAAUGUUGGCCAGCUUGGGUGACCCUUAUACGCGAUUUCUUUCCCCCGAAGAGUUCUCCAAGAUGGCGAGGUAUGACAUGAGUGGUAUUGGAAUAAACCUCAGGGAAGUCCCAGAUGAAAACGGAGAUGUGAAAGUGAAGGUACUAGGACUUGUACUGGAUGGUCCUGCACAAUCUGCAGGUGUGAGACAGGGGGAUGAAGUACUAGCUGUUAAUGGAUUGGAUGUGAAAGGGAAAUCAGCUUUUGAAGUAUCAUCAUUGAUGCAAGGCCCUAACGAGACGUUCGUUACUAUUAAGGUCAAGCACGGCAAUUGUGGGCCUAUUCAGUCUAUUGAAGUCCAAAGACAACUUGUUGCUCGAACCCCUGUCUUUUAUCGGUUGGAACAAAUAGAAAAUGGAACCAGAUCUGUCGGAUACAUGCGAGUAAAAGAGUUCAAUGCAUUGGCUAGAAAGGACUUGGUAAUUGCUAUGAAGCGGCUUCAGGACAUGGGUGCCUCAUACUUCAUUCUGGAUCUUAGAGAUAAUCGUGGUGGACUAGUACAGGCUGGAAUAGAAAUUGCCAAGCUAUUUCUAAAUCAAGGGGAGACGGUGAUUUAUACAGACGGGAAGGAUCCCGAAUACCAACAAAGCAUCGUUGCAGAUACUGCACCAUUAGUUACAGCACCUGUUAUUGUUUUGGUGAACAACAAUACUGCUAGUGCAAGUGAAAUUGUUGCUUCCGCUUUGCAUGAUAAUUGUAGAGGGGUUCUUGUGGGUGAACGGACAUUUGGCAAGGGUUUAAUUCAAUCUGUAUUUGAACUUCGUGAUGGCUCUGGCGUGGUUGUAACUGUUGGGAAGUAUGUCACACCAAAACACAAGGACAUAAAUGGCAACGGAAUAGAGCCUGAUUUUCAAAAAUUCCCAGCAUGGAGUGACGUCACGCAACGUCUUUCACAGUGUAGUAUGCUUCAGCGGGGAUAGAUCAGUGGUUGAGACGGUUCGUUCCUACCAUGAAAGCAGCAGCGGUAUUCGUCGAUAAUGUGUGCCUGCAACUGCACGAGAUGGCCAAUGUGUUUAGGACUCUUGAAUUUUGAGUUGUGUGAUGAAACAUAUCGCAGGAGUGCUCUGUGCUCGCAUGGGGAUUUUGCAUUGGAGAAGAACCUGGGGGAUGGCGGAAUAUACUAGUAUAGGAAAAUAUGCUAUACAUUUUUUAUUUAUUUUAGUUUUAUAGAUAAAAGUAUGUUUAAAAAUAAUAAACAAAAUAUAUCUAAAACUGCAUUUUAAAUCCAA